GAAGUGACUCGCAGCCGCUGCGGUGACUCUGGCUCCAGGCUCCUGGCGAGAUCCCCGAGCCCCGGCGGCUGGUGCUGGGAGCCCGGAGCCCGGGCUGCAGCCGGGAGAGGGGAAUCUCCAGCAGGGCCCUUCCCGCUGCUCCCCAGGAGCCUCUCCCAGGGCAGAGCCCCCAGCCCGGCCAGGCCCCUUCCCGGCCCGGCCCCUGCCCCAGGGGGGACCCACUCGGAGGGAAGGCUCAACACGCCGUUGGGAGAUUCUGACUCACCAUGUGAAUUCUCUAACUGUGAAACCACUUAGUCAGACAAGAUGGGAGAGUCGCACUGAUGCUUUGAAGCCUCUUCACUAUGAACUUAGAAACAUUUAUGAUGCCCUAAUUGAAAUUUCUGAUGAUACUGCCUUUACUGGAUCAUCUGGCAAUACGGCACGUUCAGAUGCAGAAGCUCUUGCAAAUGGCCUUUCCAAGUUCAAAUUUGUGACUUCACUCAUUUUGUGGUAUAAUAUCCUUUUUGAGAUUAACCUCGCUAGUAAGCAGCUUCAGGAACUUGAAGAUACAUUCUGCUAUUCAAAAACUGCAGCAAACUGAAAAUACUCUGGAGGAAUUCAGAAGUGAUGAAUUUGAAAGAACACUGGUAGAUUCUCUCGAGCUUGCUGAAGAAAUAGACUUUCCGACAGCAUUUGAGCCAGAGCCAGUUCGCAUUCAGCAAAAGAAACAGCAGUUUUCGUAUGAAGGAUGAGACACACCCAUUCAGAACCGAAAACAAAGGUUCAAAGUGAAUUUCUACUUCGCAGUCCUUGAUUCUGCUAUUCACUCGGUUGACGAAAGAUUUCAACAGAUGCAGCAGCUAGAGUCAGUAUUUGGCUUUCUAUAUAAUAUCCACAGCUUGCGAAAGAGAACAACAAAACGGAUAAGAGAAUUUUGUAUAAAACUGGAGUCGGCGUUGACUCAUGAAAAUUCGAAAGACAUUGAUGCUACAGAUUUUUGUAGGGAGCUUCAGGCUUUUUCAAGAUGACUUAAGGAACAUUCCACUCCUGAAGAAGUACUGAAGUUUGUUUGUGAAAAUAAACUCUCAGAGAGUUUUCCAAAUGUUUUUAUAGCUCUCCGCAUUCUUUUAACUUUGCCAGUUUCCGUAGCUAGUGGGGAGCGUAGCUUCUCAAAGUUAAAAUUGAUAAAAACAUAUCUGCAUUCAACAAUGGUGCAAGAGAGACUUGUUGGACUUGCCACAAUGUCAAUAGAGCACGAAAUAGCUGGAAAACUGGAUCUAAAAGAACUAGUGACUGAAUUUUGAAAACUUAAAGCAAGAAAAGUCAUGUUUUAAGAGCACAGAGUGUUUUUUAUUCAGUGUGUUUUGUAAACACAGGUUAACAUUCAUUGAAGAGUUUUCUUAUUUCUUUCUAUAUUGGAUGUGGUGGUAAUGGCAGUUAAAGCAGGAUAGAGUAAUGGAUGAUUUUGGAUUUGUAAUAAUAAAAAUUAUAAUUAACAUUUUUUAUACAUUUUUAUUUGAAAUCGGACUGAAAUAGUAUCUCGCUCUCAUGUACAAAUCUAUCCUGAAUAUUUUGUGUCUCUAUUUUAUCUGAUCUAAGAAACAUUGGUUGGCCAGACAGACAAACUGAAUAAUUAAGCCUCUGUUUAAAAAAAAAAAAAAGCUUAAAAAACAUUAAAAGGAAAAAAGGGGCAAAUGUUUCUCAGUUUAUCAAAAACCUCAGCUUAGAUCUGCCCUUGGGGUUUGGGGCGCCAAUUCCAUGGUUUGCCUCGGGGACCUAGUCUAGGGCCGCCCCUGCAUUCUGAUGUACAACAGGUGUAACAGACAAUGCUGUCUGUCUAAGUUACAUUUCCGUGGCAGUGCCUUGUUACAAGGGAACUAUCCACAGGCACCCUCCUCCCUUCCCACAAACACACUGCUCCCAAUUUAGGAUAUGUCUACAUUACGAAAUGAGAUCAAAUUUAUAGAAGUCGAUUUUUUAGAAAUCGAUUUUAUACAGUCGAUUGUGUGUGUCCCCACUUAAGACCAUUAAGUCGGCAGUGUGCGUCCACAGUACUGUGGCUAGCGUCGACUUUUGGAGCAUUGCACUGUGGGUAGCUAUCCCACAGUUCCCGCAGUCUCCGCAGCCCAUUGGAAUUCUGGGUUGAGCUCCCAAUGCCUGAUGGGGCAAAAACAUUGUCGCGGGUGGUUCUGGAUAAAUGUCGUCAGCCCCCCCCCCCCCCCCGUUUCUCGCCUUUUUUCCUGGGUUACCCGUGCAAACGACACACCACAACAAACAUGGAGCCCGCUCAGCUCACAGGUACCGUAUGUCUCCUGGGUGCUGCCACACGUGGUACUGCACCACCUAGAAUGGCAUCACAGAAACAUCAUGUCUGGGACUCUGACCCGGAGCGGCCGUUUGCCUCUCUGGUUUUUUGGUAAGCUUGUCUCAGCUCCUUCAGUUUCACGCGGUACUGCUGUGGGUCCCUGCUGUGGCCUCUGUCCUUCAGGGGGGGAGAGGGAGGAGGGAGACAGGGUGUGAGAAACCUACUCAUUUUCUGAGUAGGACCAUUGGUGAGGGGGAGGGGAGGGACAUUCACCCAUUUCAAAAACAGGACACAACCCACCUGCACAGGGAUGGAGCCUGAACCCAGUAGCCAGAGGUUGCUGUGAAAUACAAAGGGAAGCUGUUGGGAUUCCUGUCCCUGUCCCUGGCUCAGAGCUCUGCUUCCCGUAUCAGCCUAUGGCUGGCAGGCGUGUGGGAAAUGAGAAGACACUGCCCUGCUCUGUGUGCUGGGGGGGACAAGGAGCUCUCACCUUCUCCCCACCCCCUGAAGCCUCCUGGCUGCUCUGAUGGGUAGGGGUCUGAUUCUGCUACUCUGCCCCUCCCAGAGCUUUUCACUCUUUCCCAUGACUAGCGAGAUUGUGGCUGGAGCAGCAGGUGCUGAGUGGGGGACUUUUGUUGUUUCAGAUGCCGGUGACCUUCGAGGAGGUGGCUGUGUAUUUCACCCAGGGACAGGGGGCUCUGCUGGACCCCGCUCAGAAAGCUCUCUACAGGGACGUCAUGCAGGAGAAUUACGAGAUGGUGACCUCGCUGGGAUUCUCCCUUCCCAAACCUGAACUGAUCUCCCGCCUGGAACGAGGGGAAGAGCCGUGGGUCCCAGAUCUCCAGGUCUGCAAGGAAAGAGAGAGCCCGAGAGGUGACUGCACAGGUACUGAUCGAGUGAGUGAAAAAAAGGAGGAGAAUCAUCAUGAGGAAGUUCCUGGGGAAGUGGAACUACAGGGGACCUUUGUGGGAAGAGCUGAAGGGAAUUUUUCCCAGUGCUGGGAACAGGGAGAAGCCUGGGGAAAUUGGCACACGUCAGAGAGGCUGCAGGGAAACCACCGAAGGAAGAAAGUGGAUGAAUCCAUUAAAUGUGGGGGAGGAGACAAGGGUCCCACAACCCAGCAGACAAAUUCCAAGGAAGACAAACGCUAUGAAUGCCUCGGUUAUGGAGAAGGAUUCAUUCUGAGAUCGCUGCUUGUUACACAUCAGACAAACCAUACUGGAGAGAAACCCCUUCAAUGCUCAGACUGUGGGGAAAGCUUCAAUAAUCACUCAGCCCUGAAUAACCAUGGGAGAAGCCACAGAAGAGAGAAAACCUAUCAAUGCCUUGAGUGUGGGAAAUGUUUCAUUUGGAAGUCAGAACUAAUUAGACAUCAGCUAAGCCACACAGGAGAGAGACCCCAUAAGUGCUUCGACUGUGGGAGAAGUUUCAAACAGAGGUCAGACCUUGUUAAUCAUCAGGCAAUCCACACAGGAGAGAGACCCCAUAAGUGCUUAGACUGUGGGAAAAGUUUCGUACGGAGGUCAAUCCUUGUUAAUCAUCAGAGAAUCCACACAGGGGAGAGACCCCACAAGUGCGUGGACUGUGGGAAAAGUUUCACAUGGAGGUCAGACCUUAUUAAACAUGAGAGAAUCCACACAGGAGAGAGACCUCACAAGUGCUUCCACUGUGGGAAAACUUUCAGUCGGAAGUCAACUCUUUUAAAACAUCACGCAUUACACACAGGAGAGAGACCGCAUAAGUGCGUGGACUGUGGGAAAAGUUUCAUACAGAGGUCAGAUCUUGUUAAACAUCAGCACAUCCACACAGGAGAGAGACCCCAUAAUUGUUUAGAUUGUGGGAAAAGUUUCAUGCGGAGGUCAGACCUUGUUAAACAUCAGGCAAUCCACACAGGAGACAGACCCCAUAAGUGUGUGGACUGUGGAAAAAGUUUCAUACAGAGGUCAGACCUUCUUAAACAUCAGAGAAUCCACACAGGAGAGAGAUCCCACAAGUGUUUAGUUUGUGGAAAAGGUUUCAUAUGGGGGUCACACCUCGUUAAACAUCAGAGAAUCCACACAGGAGAGAGACCUCACACGUGCUUAGACUGUGGGAAAUGUUUCAUACAGAGGUCAAACCUUGUUAGACAUCAGUCAAUCCACACAGGAGAGAGACCCCACAAGUACUUGGACUGUGGGGAAAUUUCACGCAGAGAUCACACCUUAUUAAACAUGAGAGAAUCAACACAGGAUCUAAACUUCUCUGACACAGAGACAGAAGGUGUUAAGGAAAUUGCAUGUAAUUGACCUAGAUUCAAACUUUAGAGAUGUUAGAAAAGUGUGUCCUUGUUAGAUAAACUAGAGCUUCGAGAGGUAAACGUGUAUUGUUAAAGACAGGGAAGAAGAUGGUAACUGUAGUAGUCUUUGUUUAGCUAUAUCUUGUUAACCUCUAACAAUGGAAAUAAAUGGUUCCUGUCUAGGGCUGUAUUCUGUGAAUUCAGAGAUCAAAAGGGAAUAUUAACAUUUAGAUAAAACUUGGUUGUAAUAAUGUCAUUGUUUGUCUCCUGAAAGUUUGUGGUAAACUGUCUAUGAACUGCUUUAUGGAGAAUCUCCUCAUGUUAAUCCAUGUAAUUAAUGACCAGUGAUGUUUAGGAACUAGAAGGUUACUUCAAAAGCCUGUUGUUCAGCCAAGGACAGUGAGCUGUCAUGACACUGCAAAAAUGAUCCUUUCUUCUCUGAUCUGCCGAAGAGUUAUUCGGGGCGGGAGGGGGCGUGUGAGUCGGAAGACGGAGAUCUCCAGUCCCAUCUGGACCGCCCUGACAUUGAAAUUGGGCAUUGGACUAGAAUGUGAUGAAAUGAUUCUGUAAAGGACUCUUUGCAAUUCUAAAGCAUCAUCUGUACAGUGAAAGUGACCUAAGGGCUCUGUGCAUGUCUGUAUGUAUAAUGAUCAUUUAAUCAACACACACUCUCUCUUUUCUUCUUUUAAUAAAUCUUAGUUGAGUUAAUAAGAA